CCGGGCGGAGCUGAGCGGGCGGCAGAGGUUCUCCCAUUAUCACCAUGGCACCAGCAAAGAAAAGAGGAAACCGCGGACAGAAAAAUAAUAGAAUAAAGAAUGAGAAGUUGGCGUCAUUUAUUAAAGAUUUUGACAGUCAAGUCAAGACAGUUGUAGAGGAAUUAAAAGCCAAUGUUGCUAACAGUCUGAAGGAAGUGGAAACCUUGUACAAUAUCGAACUUAUCAAGUUACCUGCAGCUAUCCGGGAGAUGCGCUGGCUUGAUUAUUUUGCAAAAGGUGGGAAAGUUAAAGCUUUAGAGGCAGCUGCAACGGUGAAUGUGGACAUCGAGCAAAUAACAUCAAGUGUUUCUCAAACACCGUUUAAGCCUCCCAGGAAAGCUAAAAAAGCAAAGUGUAACUCCAUUGAAAAUGACGAGGAAAACAUUCCAGUCCAGAGUGUUCUAAGACCAAGAACAAAUGCAAAAGCUUCCACUGCCAAAAAACUUGCAACCACAAGAAAAACAAGAGUGUCUGCUGCAAACACAACUGCUAAGAGAACAAGCAAGAGAAGUCGUGCAACACCUUCUAACAGCAAAUUGGCAGACUCUUCAGUCCUGGGAUACACUCCAAUGAUUACACCCAGAAUUGAUACAAGGGCAUUUAAAACGCCUGCAUUAAGAACCCCAUCCAUAAAGGAGCCUGUCUAUACUUUUUCAGCCAAUGGGAGCCCACUGGGUGGUAUGGAUGAAUUAUUCAUUAAUCUACCUUCAGGAGAUGGAAAGAAUAUUCGCCUAACAGCUGAGGACAUGGAGAUGGUAAACCUAAGUCGCUUGGACAAGAAAGCAUUUGAGAACAUCAAACUUUUAUCGAGUCGCUUGGAAAAACUCUGCAAAACACUAAAGUGAUCCUUAAAGUAGUCUUUCUAGAUUUUUUUUAUUUUGGUUUUUAAUUUUGGUACAUUGUGUGUACCCUUGUAAGUAGCUGUAUUUGCAUUGUAUUUUAUUUCUGUAAAGCUAAUUUUCAUUUUGUUAUGGGGCUGAAAAGUAUCUUUUUGUCUGAAUUUCAACUGUUGUUUUUCAACUUUGCACAAUUUUACUAAUAAAGCCCAGUUUCUUCUGGGUGAAACUUAA